GUGGGAGUCGCCUAUCUGCCCGUCGGAAGACUAGGAAACCCCGCGCGCUCUCGCGAGAUUUGUGUCUCUCCUGCUCGCUGGUGUAAGAUGGCGGAGGCGAAAUAAACCGCAGCCCCAGGAGCAGAAAGUAGAAACUAGCGACAAUGAAAGUGGACAGAAGCAAGCUAAAGAAAACCCCUACAGAGGCGCCUGCCGACUGCAGGGCUCUCAUAGACAAGCUGAAGGCAUGUCACAAUGAACAGCUCCUGCAAGAGCUGCAGCAGAUCAAGACAUGGAACAUUGGAAAGUGCGAGCUGUACCACUGGGUCGACCUGCUGGACCGCUUCGAUGGGAUCCUGGCAGACGCCGGCCAGACUGUGGAGACCAUGUCCUGGAUGCUGGUGUGUGACCGGCCAGCGAACUGCCAGCUGAAGAGCCUGUUGCUGGCUGUGCUGAACUUCACUGCCCUGCUGAUAGAAUACAGCUUCUCCAGACAUCUCUACAGCUCCAUAGAGCACUUGACGACGCUGCUGGCCUCCUGUGACAUGCAGGUGGUGCUGGCCGUGCUCAACCUGCUCUACGUGUUCAGCAAGAGAUCCAACUACAUCACCAGGCUCGGCUCGGACAAGCGGGCCCCGCUGCUGUCCAGACUGCAGCACCUGGCAGAGAGCUGGGGAGGGAAGGACAACGGGUUUGGACUAGCAGAGUGUUGUAGGGAUUUAGCCAUGAUGAAAUACCCUCCCAGUGCGACGACGCUGCACUUUGAGUUCUACGCAGAGCCGAGUGCCGAGGUCAAAGUAGAAAGAAAGACAAGCAGCAACGCACUACAUUACAUCCACAUUGAGCAGCUGGACAAGAUUUCAGAAAGCCCUUCGGAGAUCAUGGAGUCAUUGACUCUCAUGUACAGCAUCCCCAAGGACAAGCAGAUCCUGCUGUUCACGCACAUCCGAUUGGCUCACGGAUUCUCCAAUCACAAGAAGAGGCUGCAGGCGGUGCAGGCCAGACUGCACGCCAUCUCCAUUCUAGUGUAUUCAAACGCGCUGCAGGACUCUGCCAACAGCAUCCUGUACAACGGCUUGAUCGAGGAGCUGGUGGACGUGCUGCAGAUCACAGACAAGCAGCUCAUGGAUAUUAAGGCCGCCUCUCUGCGCACUCUGACCUCCAUCGUUCACCUGGAGAGGACCCCCAAGCUGAGCAGCAUCAUCGACUGCACUGGCACCGCCUCCUACCACGGCUUCCUGCCCGCGCUGGUCAGGAGCUGCAUCCAGGCCAUGAUCGACCCCCUGACGGAGCCCUACCCUCACCAGUUUGCCACGGCGCUCUUCUCCUUCCUCUAUCACCUGGCCAGUUACGAUGCGGGCGGGGAGGCGCUGGUGUCCUGUGGCAUGAUGGAGGCGCUGCUCAAGGUGAUAAAGUUCCUGGGGGACGAGCAGGAUCAGAUCACCUUCGUGACGCGGGCGGUGAGAGUGGUGGACCUCAUCACUAACCUCGACAUGGCUGCCUUCCAAUCUCACACCGGACUGGCCAUCUUCAUCAGCAGACUGGAGCACGAGGUGGAGCUGUGUCGGAAGGAGUGCCCCUUCGUUAUCAAACCAAAGAUCCAUCGGCCGAGCACAGGCCAGGAGGGGGAGGACAUGGAGACGGACAUGGACGUGUCGGAUGUUGCCAUGGAGAGCAGCCCUGGUCCUUCAGUCUCCACAGAGCAGAGAGCUGAGGGGGAGAGUCGAGGCCAGACCAGCGCCAGCCUCAGCUUCACCCCCAGACCAGGAGUCCAGUGCAUCCCUCAGAGAGCUGCUCUGCUCAAAUCCAUGUUGAAUUUCCUGAAGAAAGCCAUCCAGGACCCGGCCUUCUCGGACGGCAUUCGACACGUAAUGGAUGGAUCUCUGCCUACCUCCCAGCACAUCAUCAGCAAUGCAGAGUAUUACGGACCGUCUCUCUUUCUGCUAGCGACGGAGGUGGUCACAGUAUUUGUGUUCCAGGAGCCCUCUCUCCUGUCCUCCCUGCAGGACAACGGACUCACCGACGUCUUGCUGCACGCGCUUCUCAUCAAAGAUGUCCCUGCUACGCGAGAGGUUCUGGGCUCCUUGCCCAACGUGUUCAGUGCUCUGUGCCUCAACGCCCGCGGGCUGCAGUCCUUCGUGCAGUGCCAGCCCUUCGGGCGGCUCUUCAAGGUGCUCCUCUCUCCAGACUACCUGCCCGCCAUGCGUCGCCGCCGCAGCUCCGACCCGCUGGGUGAGUCGGCCUCGAAUCUGGGCAGCGCUGUGGACGAGCUCAUGAGACACCAGCCCACCCUGAAGACAGACGCCACCACCGCCAUCAUCAAGUUGCUGGAGGAGAUCUGUAACCUGGGCCGCGCCCCAGAGUACAUCUGCCAGAAACCGUAUCAGAAAGCGGACGGCACAGCCACUGCCCCCCCGCCCCGCUCCAACCACGCAGCGGAGGAAGCAUCGAGCGAGGAUGAGGAGGAGGAGGAGGUGGAGGCCAUGCAGAGCUUCAGCACAGCGCAGCAAGGGGAGCCCGAGCCCAGCCAGCAGGUUGUAGGAACAGAGGAGAGGAUCCCUAUCCCGCUAAUGGAUUACAUCCUGAACGUGAUGAAGUUCGUGGAGUCAAUCCUCAGUAACAACACCACAGACGAUCACUGCCAGGAGUUUGUCACACAGAAAGGUCUACUGCCCCUGGUCUCUAUCCUGGGGCUGCCCAACCUUCCCAUUGACUUCCCCACCUCUGCAGCCUGUCAGGCCGUGGCUGGAGUCUGCAAGUCCAUACUGACUCUCUCUCACGAGCCGAAGGUCCUGCAGGAGAGCUUGCUGCAGCUGGACGGGAUCCUGUCCUCCCUGGAGCUCCUUCACCGUCCCAUCGACUCCCCGGGGGGGUCGGUGCUGCUGAGAGAGCUGGCGAGCGCGGGCAACGUGACGGACGCCACGCUGUCGGCCCAGGCCACGCCCCUGCUGCACUCGCUCACUGCUGCCCACGCCUAUAUCAUGAUGUUUGUGCACACCUGCAGGGUGGGACAG